AAAACGAAUUUGGACACACUGACACGCGCUCUCUCCUUGCCUCCACGCCACCGAGUCUCUACCCCACACCUCCCUCAUACGUCGUUAUCCUCGCGCUCAGCCUCACACCGUCUGUCCGAGUCCUCGCCGCUAUACACCUGGUAGUCCUGCAAGGAGCAGGCAGAGCAGAGAGAAGCUGGCUGUCUCACUUGAGAGACUAACUUGCCCCUUGAAUCGCUGGGUAACGGUGCACACCACAUCGAAGAGCCCGAAGCAGGGCUAGGGACCAGCGAGCAAAACGUGCGGUGGCCGUUCACCAUUCAGCCACGAUGCCCGAUUUUAUUUUAGCCUUUUUAACCAUAUCGGGAUUAUUUCCAAUGGGCAAAUUGCUGACAGCGGUGGGAGCCGAACAAGAGGUGUGUGACCUGGGAGAGGUCCUGUGUGGUGACCGCCUGACGUGUGUGUCUGUGCGGUGGCUCUGUGACGGAGAGGAGGACUGCCCGGAUGGCUCGGAUGAAGGACCUGAACGAUGUGCUGGGGACGCCGUGCUGAGAUGUCCCCUCAAUCACAUGCAGUGCAUUGGCACGAGGAAGUGUAUCCACUUCAAUAAGCUCUGCAAUGGAGUGUCAGACUGUGAGGACGGCUACGACGAAGGAGUCCACUGUCGAGAACUCCUGCCGGCGUGCCACGAGCUGCGGUGCCAGUAUGGGUGCGUCAUGACGCGGAACGGAACGAUAUGUUUCUGUGGCGACGGAUUUGAGGUAGACGAGGACGGGAGGAAGUGCAGAGAUCACGACGAGUGCUCUGUGUACGGUACGUGUAGCCAAACUUGCCUUAACACCCUCGGGUCGUACCAGUGCAGCUGUGCGGAGGGAUACAGCCUACAGAGCGACGGCAGGUCGUGUAGAGCCAAGCACGAGCCUGGCGACCGGCCUCCAUGGCUACUGCUCGCCAAUCUGGAAGGCAUCACAGUCACACACCUGAACGGCACGCCAACGGGGGCUCACCUGAAAUCGCCCAAUGCCAACGCCACACACACGCUGGACUUUAGGCACAGAGAAGAGACAUUAUGUUGGCUCUCCUCAUCCUCCUCCUCCUCCUCCGCCUCUUCCUCCUCCUCCCCAUCCUCCUCCACUUCCCCCUCUUCUUCCUCUUCCUCCUCGGAGUCCCAUGGACAGCUCUGGUGUUCCUCCAUGACGAAGCUAAAGGGCUUUUCAGAGCCGAGGCGGAUACACACAGCACAAAAUCUGCAGAAUGUAGAGAACAUGGCUAUUGACUGGCUGAGUGGAAACUUCUACUUUGUGGACCGGGUCAGCGAUCGCAUAUUUGUGUGCAGUGACCAGGGGGACUCAUGUGUCACCGUCAUCGAUCUGGACAUACAGAACCCCAAAGGUGUCGCGCUGGAUCCACUCAUGGGGAAGUUAUUUUUCACCGAUUACGGAAGCAUGGCCAAAGUGGAACGCUGCAACAUGGACGGGACCAACCGGACUCGGAUAGUGAGCCACAGAACGGAGCAGCCCACGGCACUGGCUCUGGACCUGCUGCGGAAGCUUGUGUACUGGGCCGACGUCUACCUGGAUUACAUAGAGGUGGUGGAUUACGACGGGAGAAACAGACACACUGUGAUCCAGGGCCAGGCAGUGUCACAGCUUCAUGGAUUAGCUCUCUUUGAAGAUUAUUUGUUUGCAACUUGUGCGGAGGCCUCGGUGGCAGGCAAAGUGGACGUGUUGCAGAUAAAUCGCUUCAGUGGCGCACUCUCGAGGACUGCUGUCACGUCGGAGGCCUCCACAGCAAUACGCCUCUACCACAGACUGACUCAGCCCACAGUGAAGGGUCAUGCGUGUGAGGUGGACUCCUAUGGUCGGCGUGGAGGCUGCUCUCACAUCUGUCUGAUCAGCAGCAGUUAUAAGUCUCGCGUCUGCCGCUGCAGAGCCGGCUUCGCACUGGGCGCAGACGGCAGGUCCUGCAAAAAACCGAAGAACGACCUGUUCCUGUUCUACGGCAAGGGCCGGCCCGGCGUGAUCCGGGGCCUGGACAUGAAAGCCAAGCCCGUGGACGAGCACAUGAUCCAGAUCGAGGGACUGGUGAGCCCGCGGGCGCUGGACUUCCACGCCGAGACCGCCCACAUCUACUUCGCAGACACCACCAGCUUUCAGAUCGGCAGGCAGAAAAUAGACGGCAGCGGCCGCGAAACCAUCCUCAAGGACGACCUGGACAAUGUGGAAGGCAUUUCGGUGGACUGGAUCGGGAACAACCUGUACUGGACCAAUGACGGCUAUAGGAAGACCAUCAGUGUGGCUCGGCUUGAGAAGGCCGCCCAGACCAGGAAGACUCUUCUGGAGGGGGACAUGAGCCAUCCCAGAGCUAUCGUAGUGGAUCCACUCAACAGUUGGAUGUACUGGACGGACUGGGAGGAGGACGAGGUGAACGACAGCAUCGGACGCAUCGAGAAGGCCUGGAUGGACGGCUCCCACCGCCAGCUCUUCGUCACCUCCAACAUGCUGUGGCCCAACGGGCUGGCCCUGGACCACACGGCCGGUACCAUGUACUGGUGCGACGCCUACUACGACCACAUUGAGAGGAUAUUCCUCAAUGGCACCCACAGGACGGUGGUGUACAAUGGCAAAGAGGUGAACCACCCAUUCGGCAUAACCCACCACCUGAACCAGGUCUUCUGGACGGACUACAUGAACGGCUCCAUAUUCCAGCUGAACCUGCUGACGGGCCAGGUGACCCUGAUGAGGAACGAGAGGCCCCCCCUCUUCGGCCUAAGGGUGUACGACGCCCAAAGCCAACAAGGUGAUAAUGCCUGUCGUGUGAACUAUGGUGGCUGCAGCUCUCUGUGCCUGGCCAUCCCUGGGGGCCGCGUGUGUGCCUGUGCAGAUGACCAGACCCUGGACCAGAACAACGUCACAUGCACAAGUACGUCCUCUGACAUGGAGCCCCAGCAUUGCAGAGCUGAGGAGUUCCAGUGUAGAAACCAUCGCUGCGUGCAGCUCUCCUGGAAGUGUGAUGGGGACGACGACUGCCUGGACGGUAGUGACGAAGACCCCGUCCUUUGUCUAAACCACAGUUGUCCAAUGGACCAGUUCAAGUGCAUGAACAACCGCUGCAUCCCCAAGAAGUGGCUGUGUGACGGCACCAAUGACUGUGGCGCUAACGAGGAUGAGUCCAGCGUAGCAUGCUCAGCCCAGACCUGCCAGGAGGACACCUACGCCUGCCAGAAUGGACGCUGCAUACCGGCCAGCUGGGCCUGUGACCGGGACAAUGACUGUGGGGACAACUCGGACGAGCCCGACACGUGUGUGUUUCCUACAUGUGAACCCCUCACGCAGUUCAGCUGCUCAAAUGGCAAAUGCAUUAGCGUGAAAUGGCACUGUGAUUCAGAGGACGACUGUGGUGACGGGAGCGAUGAGCUGGGCUGUGUCCACGCCUGCUCCAGCGCCCAGUUCCAGUGCGCCAGUGGGAAGUGUGUCCCCGAGCACUGGGUGUGUGAUGGCGAUAAUGACUGUGGCGACAUGAGCGACGAGAACGCCACGUGCACGGGCACAGUGGCCACUGCUCCGGUGAGCGAGUGUGGUGAGGGGGAGUUCCACUGUGUUGCCGACGGCACCUGUAUUCCGGAACGCUGGCGUUGUGACGGCGACAAAGACUGCGAGGACGGCAACGAUGAGACCCACUGCCAGGGCACGCGACGUGUCUGUGACCCACAGGCCAAGUUCACCUGCAAACUCUCUGGGAAGUGCAUAAGCCGCAGCUGGGUGUGUGACGGGGACCACGACUGUGAGGACCACUCGGAUGAGGAGGGCUGUGAGGUGGCCGCCUGUAAGCCGCCACGCCACCCCUGUGCCAAUGACACGUCCGUCUGCCUGCCCCCCGAGCGCAUCUGCAACGGCCGCAGGGACUGUGCUGACCACUCAGAUGAGGGCCCCUUCUGUGAGGAGUGCUCGGUGAUGAAUGGCGGCUGCAGCCACCAGUGCUCCGUGGCCCCGGGGCGCGGCGUGGUGUGCUCCUGCCCCGCGGGCCUCCAUCUUGGCUCGGACGGCCGCAGUUGCGAGGCGGUGGACUACUGUACCAAGCACCUGAGGUGCAGCCAGGUGUGCGAGCAGUACAAGACCACGGUCAAGUGCUCCUGCUACCCCGGCUGGAGGCUGGACCCCCAGGGCGAGGAGUGCCACAGCACAGAUCCCUUCGAACCCUUCGUAAUCUUCUCGAUCCGCCACGAGAUCCGUCGGAUCGACCUCCACCGGCGGGACUACGGGCUGCUGCUGCCCGGCCUGAGGAACACCAUCGCCCUGGACUUCCACUUCAACCAGAGCCUGCUGUACUGGACCGACGUGGUGGAGGACAAGAUAUACAGGGGGAGACUGGCACCGGACGGAGGAGGGGUCAUUGGGGUGGAGGUGGUGGUGCAACAUGGCUUGGCCACCCCAGAGGGCCUGGCGGUGGACUGGGUAGCUGGGAACCUGUACUGGAUCGACAGCAACCUGGAUCAGAUCGAGGUGGCCAAGCUGGACGGAGCCAUGCGGAGCACCCUCAUCGCCGGAGGCAUGGAGCACCCACGAGCUAUCGCCCUGGACCCUGGACAUGGACUUCUGUUCUGGACAGACUGGGACGCCACUUUUCCCCGUAUAGAGGGCGCCACCAUGAGUGGCACGUCUCGCCACGUGGUCUUUAAGGACAUGGAGAUAGGGGCCUGGCCCAACGGCCUCACCCUCGACCACCUGGAGAAGAGGAUCAUCUGGACGGACGCACGCUCUGAUGCCAUCUACUCUGCCCUCUACGAUGGCACCGGCCUCAUUGAGAUCCUGAGGGGACACGAGUACCUGUCGCACCCGUUUGCCGUGAGCCUGUAUGGGGGCAACGUGUACUGGACGGACUGGCGCACCAACACGCUGACCAGGGCCAACAAGUGGACCGGCGCCAAUGUGACGGUGAUCCAAAAGACCAGCGCCCAGCCCUUUGACCUGCAGAUAUUCCACCCCAGCCGACAGCCUCAAGCAUCCAACCCCUGUGAGGCCAACAGUGGCAGGGGUCCCUGCUCCCACCUGUGUCUGCUCAACUCCAACCGGACUGCUGCCUGCUUCUGCCCCCACCUCAUGAAGCUCUCCGCAGACAACAAGACCUGCCUAUCCAUGAAGAGGUUCCUGCUAUACGCUCGGCGAUCUGAGAUCCGAGGCGUGGACAUCGAGAACCCGUACUUCAACAUAAUCACGGCGCUGACCGUGCCCGACAUAGAUGACGUGACGGUGGUGGACUUUGACUCAGUGGAGGAGCGCAUCUACUGGGCCGACGUGAAGACUCAUACCAUAAAGCGCGCCUUCAUCAACAGCACCAUGAUCGAGACUGUCGUAUCGGGAGAUCUUCUGAACGUGAGAGGUCUGGCUCUGGAUUGGCUGUCCAGGAACAUGUACUGGCUGAGCUCGGAGAACGACGAGACCCAGAUCAAUGUGGCGCGCCUGGACGGGUCACUCAAAACCUCCGUGGUCCACGGCAUCGACAAGCCCAAAUGCCUGGUGGUGCAUCCUGUCAAGGGGAAGAUAUACUGGACUGAUGGCAAUGCGAUAAACAUGGCCAACAUGGACGGCAGCAACAGCAAGAUCCUCCAUCAGAAUCAAAAGGAACCAGUCGGUCUGUCCAUUGACUUUGCGGGUGGGAAGCUGUACUGGGUGAGCUCGGGCAACGGCACCAUCAACCGCUGCAGCCUGGACGGAGGAGGCCUGGAGAUCAUAGAGACCAUGAAGACGGAGCUGAUGAAGGCCACCGCACUGGCCAUCAUGGGUAGUGAACUGUGGUGGGCCGAUGACAUAUUGGCUCAGAUGGGGACCAUCGACAAGAAGGACGGCAGCAACCCUGUCAUCAGGAGGAACAAGACCACCGGGGUGGUGCACAUGAAGGUCUACGACAAGGACAGCCAGAAAGGACGUAACCCUUGCCAGGUGAAGAACGGGGGCUGUUCUCAGCUCUGCUUCCCCACCUCGGAGACCACUCGCACCUGUGCUUGCACCAUGGGCUACAACCUCAGGAGUGACCGUGUAUCAUGCGAAGGAGUUGGCUCUUUCCUCCUCUACUCUGUUCAUGAAGGCAUCAGAGGUGUGUCUUUGGACCCCAGCGAUAACUCAGAGACCCUCAUGCCAGUCACAGGCACAGUCUUCACAGUCGGCCUCGACUUUCAUGCCAGUAAUGACACGGUGUACUGGACAGACAUGGGCCUGAACAAGAUCUCCCGCGCCAAGAGGGACCAGACUUGGAGGGAAGAUGUCAUCACCACUGGCCUGGGCAGAGUAGAAGGCAUAGCAGUGGACUGGAUCGCAGGUAACCUGUACUGGACAGAUCAUGGGUUGGGGCUCAUCGAGGUUUCUCGGCUGUCUGGCAUGUACCGUGCUGUGGUCAUCUCUGAGGGGCUGGAUCAGCCCAGGGCCAUUGCUCUGCACCCAGUCAAAGGGUUCGUGUUUUGGACAGAAUGGGGACAGAAGCCUCGCAUUGCCAGGGCUCGGCUGGAUGGGUCGGACCAAAGCAUCCUCGUUAGCUCUGGAGUUGCCUGGCCAAACGGCCUCUCCAUCGACUACGAGGAAAAUAAAUUAUACUGGUGCGAUGUGCGCGGUGACAAGAUAGAGAGGAUCAACCUUGAGAGUGGCGAGAGUCGCGAGAUUGUGCUGUCUGCGCCGAGCCACGUGGAUAUGUUUGCAGUGGCCGUCUUCGGGGCUUACGUCUACUGGUCUGACAGGGCUCACGCCGAAGGUUCCAUCCGCCGCGGCCUGAAGAGCGAUGCCAGUGAGGCCCAGACCGUGCGCAGCGGCCUCGGGGCCAACCUCAAAGACGUCAAAGUCUUUAACAAAGUCCGGGAGAAAGGUACCAACCCCUGUGGGCGUAACAAUGGCGGCUGCCAGCAGCUCUGUUUCCACCUGGGCGGCGGAAGGCGGACGUGCUCCUGUGCUCACGGUUACCUGGCGGACGACGGACUCCGAUGCCAGCGUUACCAAGGAUACCUACUCUACUCUGAGAGGACCGUGCUGAAGAGCGUCCACCUGUCGGACGAAGGGAACCUCAACUCGCCCAUCCGGGCCUUCGAGAACCCGGCGUUCUUCAAGAACGUCAUAGCGUUGGCUUUCGACUACCAGCAGAACCGAUCGGGAACAAAUCGGAUAUUCUUUAGCGACGUCCAUUUUGGGAAUAUACAGAUGAUCAACGACGAUUGGACGGGGCGUCGAGUCGUUGUGGAACAUGUGGGUUCUGUGGAGGGUUUGGCGUACCACCGCGGCUGGGACACUCUGUACUGGACCAGCUCCACCAGUGCCUCCAUCACGCGCCACACUAUCGAGCCCGGCCCCCACGCCGCCUUCGACAGGGAGCCCGUGGUCCUCAUGGCCGAGGUGGACCACCCACAUGUCAUCGCCCUCGACGAGUGCCAGAACCUGAUGUUUUGGACCAACUGGAACGAGCAGCACCCCAGCAUCAUGAGGUCUACCUUGUCGGGGAAGAACAUGCGGGUCAUCGUGAGCACAGAGAUAGCCACCCCUAACGGCCUCACCAUCGACCACAGCUCGGAGAAGGUCUACUUCUCAGACGGAAGCCUCGGCAAGAUCGAGCGGUGUGACUAUGACGGCUCCCACAGAUAUGUGAUUGUGAAGUCAGGUCCGGGGACGUUCUUCGGCCUGGCUAUUUAUGGCGACUUCAUCUUCUGGUCCGACUGGGUGCGGCGGGCCGUGGUGCGCUGCAACAAGCUGACCGGCGGGGACAUGAAGGUUCUGAGGGCCGACAUCCCACACCAGCCAAUGGGAAUCGUCGCCGUCGCAAACGACACCAACAGCUGUGAGCUGUCCCCCUGUAGGGUCAUGAAUGGCGGCUGCCAUGACCUCUGCCUGUUGAGCCCUCACGGCACGGUCAACUGCAGCUGCCGAGGAGAGCGCACGCUGCUGGAUGAUAACCGCUGUGUAUCCAGAAACUCGUCCUGCAGCAUCCACAGUCAGUUUGAGUGUGGAAACGGCGAAUGCAUUGACUACCAGCUGACGUGUGAUGGGAUUGCCCACUGCAAAGACAAGUCGGAUGAGAAAAUGCAAUACUGCGAAAACCGCCGGUGCAGACAGGGGUUCAAGCCUUGCUACAACCAGCGUUGCAUUGCGAACAGCCUGUUCUGUGACGGCUCGGACAACUGUGGCGAUGGCUCCGAUGAACUCUUUUGCAACAAUUCGUCAUGUUCCUCUUCGGAAUCCCGUUGUCAGGAUGGCGCUUGCGUUCCGCGCUCCGCCUGGUGCAAUCAGAUUAUCGACUGUGCCGACGCCUCGGACGAAAAGAGCUGUGAUAACAUGAGCUGUGCGGAUUACUACCAGCUGGGUGCGAAGGACGCUCCGUUCCUGAGCUGUAACUCCACCUCGCUCUGCAUCCACUCCUCCUGGAUCUGCGACGGGGCCAACGACUGCGGGGAUUACGCCGAUGAGAUACACUGCCAGGCCACCGCAGCCCAGGUGUGUGAGGACGGCCAUUUUGCCUGCCCCAGUGGAAACUGCAUCUCCAGCGUGUGGCUCUGUGACGGCCAGAAGGACUGCGAAGACGGAGCCGAUGAGUAUCAAUGCGACUCCUCGUGUCUAUGGAACCAGUUUGCCUGCUCCAAGCAUAAGUGCAUUGCCAAGCAGUGGCUUUGUGACGGGGAGAACGACUGCGGUGACGGCCUGGACGAGAGCGAGGGGAUUUGUGGGUCGGUGACGUGUGGUGCUGGUCUGUUCAGCUGCCCGUCCUCCUACGCCUGCGUCCCCAAGCGCUGGCUCUGUGACGGGGAGAGGGACUGCCCUGAUGGCAGCGAUGAACUGGCUGCAGCAGGCUGUGCUCCAAACACCACGUGUGGUGACGGCACGUUCCGCUGUGCCAACCAGAGGUGCGUCCCCAGACAAUACGUCUGCGACCAUGACGACGACUGUGGAGACGGCUCUGACGAACACCCGCAAUGUGAGUACCGCUCGUGUGGUCUAGGUGAGUUCCGGUGUGCGGAUGGCAGGUGUCUGCUCAGCACCCAGUGGGAGUGUGACGGGGUGCCCGACUGCCCCGACCGCUCAGACGAGCUGCCACACAACCCCAAAUGCUCCGCUGCAGAAAGUUUGUGCAACGGCUCGUUCUUCAUGUGUGCCAACGGGCGCUGCGUGCCGCUGAUGAGUGUGUGUGACCAGCGCGACGACUGUGGCGACCGCUCGGACGAGAGGAACUGCAACCUGAACGAGUGCCUCAACCGACGCAUCAGCGGCUGCUCACAGGACUGCCAGGACCUCCCCGUGGGGUACAAGUGUAAAUGUUGGAAAGGUUUCUACCUGAAGAACGAUGGCAAGACGUGUAUGGACAUAGACGAGUGUCUGUUAGGCUUCCCCUGCAGUCAGCGUUGUGUGAACUCCUACGGCUCCUACAAGUGCCUCUGUGCAGACGGGUAUGAGGCCACGGCCGCCAACCCACACAGCUGCAGAUCCACUUCAGCUGAGGAGCCGUUUCUCAUUCUGGCCGACCACCAUGAGAUCCGGAAGAUCAGCGUUGAUGGUUCCAAUUACACCCUCUUAAAACAGGGCCUGAACAGCAUCAUCUCUAUUGACUUUGACUACAAAAAGGAAUUCAUCUAUUGGAUCGACUCGAGCCGACCGAGCGGACGGAGGAUAAAUAGGAUGCGAUUGAAUGGCAGUGACCUCAAGAUAGUCCACAGGAGCUCAGUGCCUAGCGCCCUGGCUGUGGACUGGAUUGGGAAGAACCUGUACUGGUGCGACGCAGAGAAGAAGUCCCUGGAGGUGUCCAAGGCUAACGGCCUCUACCCCACCACACUGCUCAGUGCUGGGGUCCGCAACCCUGUCAGCCUGGCCCUGGAUAUCCAGACUGCCCAUGCUUUUUGGAUUGACUGUUGUGAGGCUCCAUACAUUGGGCGUGUGGGCCUGGAUGGCAGCUCUCCUGACGUCAUCAUCAAUGCCGAGAUGUACAACCCUACAGCUCUGGCCAUCGACUAUGUCAACAGGAGGCUCUACUGGGCAGACGACAGCCAUGUCAUGUUUGCAAACACAGACGGCUCGAGGAGACACAAAGUGCCUAACCAGGACAUCCACGGGGUUCUGAGCUUGGCCCUGUUUGAGGACUUCAUCUAUUGGACGGAGGAGAAGUCCAAGACCCUGAGCCGGGCCCAUAAGACUACCGGGCGGCACCGGGCAGAACUCCUCAGCUCCUGGCAACCCAUCAGAGACAUCAAGGUCUACCACCCCUACCGCCAGCCUGAUGUUCCAAAGCAUCAGUGCCAGGUGGCUAAUGGAGGUUGCAGUCACCUGUGUCUCCUGGCCCCUGGGGGCCACUACAGGUGUGCCUGCCCCACACACUUUUACUUGGCCGCGGACAACAAGACCUGCCUGUCAAACUGCACCGCCAGCCAGUUCCGUUGCGGCACCGAUGAGUGCAUUCCUUUCUGGUGGAAAUGUGACACAGUAGACGAUUGCGGGGAUGGUUCAGACGAGCCUGCAGACUGCCCUGAGUUUAAGUGCCAACCUGGCCGCUUCCAGUGUGGGACAGGCCUGUGUGCUCUGCCCCCCUUCAUCUGCGAUGGAGAGAACGACUGCGGAGACAACUCAGAUGAGGCCAACUGUGACACGUACAUUUGUCUGUCGGGCCAGUUCAAGUGCACACGGAGGCAGAAGUGUAUCCCUCUGAACCUGCGCUGCAACGGACAGGAUGACUGUGGAGACGGAGAGGAUGAGACAGACUGCCCUGAGAACACAUGCUCUCCCAACGAGUUCCAGUGCAAGACCACAAUGCAUUGCAUCUCCAAGCUGUGGGUGUGUGACGAGGACCCCGACUGUGCAGACGGGUCAGACGAGGCUAACUGUGACGAGAAGACGUGCGGCCCACACGAGUUCCGCUGCAAGAACAACAACUGCAUCCCCGACCACUGGAGAUGUGAUGGACAGAGCGACUGUGGAGACAACUCGGAUGAGGAGAACUGCAAGCCGAUCACAUGCAACUCGAAGGACUUUGUGUGUGCAAACGGAGAGUGCAUCUCAGCACGCUUCAGAUGCGAUGGGGACUUUGACUGUGCAGAUAACUCAGACGAGAAAGACUGUGUGAGUCGCUGCUCUGCAGACCAGUUCCGUUGCCAUAACAACCUCUGCAUCUCCUCCAAGUGGCUCUGUGAUGGACAGGAGGACUGCAAGACCGGAGAGGACGAGUUCAACUGCCAGGGCACCACCGCAACUCCGUCCUGCUCCCUAAACGAGUAUGUCUGCUCCAGUGGAGGGUGUGUAUCGGCAACGCUGAGGUGUGACGGCCAUGAUGACUGUGCAGACGGCUCAGACGAGCUGGACUGUGCCCGUGAGUGCCGAGAGGACGAGUUCCUGUGCCGUAACCGUGCCCACUGUGUGCCCGCCCGCUGGCGCUGCGAUGGCAUCUACGACUGUGUGGACCACAGCGAUGAGCACAGCUGUGACCACGCUGUGCACUUGUGCCGGGCGGAUGAGUUUGUGUGCAACAACACACUGUGCAAGCUGCAUAUCUGGGUGUGUGAUGGAGAGGACGACUGUGGAGACAACUCAGACGAAGAUGCGGAUAUGUGUGCUAAGCUGCCGUGCCCCCCCACCAGGGCAUUCCGCUGCAGGAACGGCCGUGUGUGUCUGCGGCCCGAGCAGCUCUGUAAUGGGGUGGACGACUGCGGAGAUAGUUCGGAUGAAGAGGAGUGUGAGAAUGUUGUGCGUCGUCCAAGGCCGUGUGGUAAGCUGGAGUUCACCUGCAGUAACCAUCGCUGCAUCCCGGCGGAGCUCCAGUGUGACCUGUUUGACGACUGUGGCGAUGGAGGCUCAGACGAGCAGGACUGCAAGGCCCUGGCAGUGGAGGAUGCGUGCCAGGGCAUGGUAAACCUGUGCGGAGAGGAGGCCCUUUGCAACCAGUCACGACCCAGCUCAGUGUGCCAGUGCAAAGCAGGCUUCAGGAGAAACCUCAGGAACAAGCAGUGUGAAGAGGUGAAUGAGUGCCUGGCGUUCGGCACCUGCUCCCAUUACUGCUACAACACCAAGGGCUCCUACAAGUGCACAUGUGACAGGAACUUCAAAGACAUAGAUGGUGAAUGUGUCACAAAAGGUCCAGAGGACCAGGUGCUGUACAUCGCCAAUGACACGGAGGUGCGCAGCUACGUGUACCCGUUCCACCAGAGCCACGGCCAGAAGCUGGUGGCCCGCAUCGAGGACAGCGCCCGCAUCAUCGGCAUGGACGCCCUCUUCCACCGCCACACCUUCGUGUGGGCCACGCAGGUCAACCCUGGCGGCAUCUUCUACGGGGACCUGCAGGACCGCAACCAUGCCAAGAGCAAGACUGGCAUUGUGUGUCCCGACUUCAGGCGUCCCCGAGACAUCUCUGCAGACUGGGUGACGGGCAACAUGUACUGGACGGACCACUCCCGCAUGCACUGGUUCAGCUACUACACGGCCCACUGGACCCGGCUGCGCUACUCCAUCAACGUGGGCCAGCUCGGCGGGCCCAACUGCACCCGCCUCAUCACCGACAUCGCCGGGGAGCCCUUCUCCAUCACCGUCAACCCAGUCAGAGGGAUGAUGUACUGGACUGUGAUUGGUGACCAGUCCCAUAUAGAGGAGGCGGCCAUGGACGGAUCCAUGAGGAGGGUGCUGCUGGACAAGAACCUCAGGAGGCCUACAGGUCUGGCUAUCGACUACUUCAACCAGCGGCUCUACUGGGCCGACGCUGAGCUGUCAGUCAUCGGCAGCAUUCGCUUCGACGGUUCCGACGUGGUCGUAGCCGCCAGCAGCCGGCACGGCAUUUCCCAACCGUUCCACAUUGACCUGUUUGAGGAUUACAUCUAUGGGACCGGCGUGAAGCACGACGUGUUCCGCGUGCACAAGUACGGCCGGCAGCCCGCGGAACGCCUGCACCUGGGCAUGGAGAGGCCCUCCACCGUGCUAGUGUUCCACCGCUUCAAGCAGCAGGAUGUGUUAAACCCAUGUGCCAAGAUGAGCUGUGACUUCAUGUGCCUGCUGAGCCCCAGUGGCGCCUCCUGUAUCUGUCCUGAGGGGAAGACCCUCCUCAACAGAACCUGCAUCGACACCAACACAGCAGGAGAGCUGUGCCGUCCGGCUUGUGAGAACGGGGGCCGCUGUGUGACCAAUGAGAAGGGAGAGUCCCGCUGCUACUGCUGGCCCAGCUUCUCUGGGGAGCGGUGCGAAGUCAACCACUGCAAGGACUACUGCCACCACGGAGGAAUCUGCACUGGCUCACCACUAGGGAGGCCUACGUGUCGGUGUGCAGUGGGCUUCACGGGGCCCCAGUGUGAGCGGAGUGUUUGUGAGGGCCACUGUCUGAAUGGGGGCACGUGUGACGUGAGCACGGGCAACCAGCCCACCUGCCGCUGCCUAGCGGAGUACACUGGGGACCGAUGCCACUACCACAUCUGCCACCACUACUGUGUCCACUCCAAGGCGUGUACGCUGUCCAGCACGGGCCACGUGGAGUGUGUGUGCCCCACCCAGUACGAGGGCCUUCGCUGUGAGCUCGACCGAUGCCAACGAUGCCAGGGGGCACCCUGCAUAGUCGACCACGACUCGGGGGAUGUGUCAUGCAACUGCACCAAUGGCAGGAUCGCCUCCAGCUGCCAGCUGUGCGACGGCUACUGCUACAACGGCGGCACCUGCCACCUCGACCCCGAGACCAGCCUGCCCUUCUGCCACUGCACGGGUGCGUUCAAAAACCAGCGGUGCGACGAGCGGGCCAACCCAUGCGAUUACUACUGUCAGAACGAGGGAGUGUGCACCUUAACUGCCUUUAACAAACCCAGCUGCAAGUGUUCAGCAAACUGGUCAGGUACACAGUGUGAGAAGCCUGCGCCCAAGAGCAGCCGCUCUGACAACAUCAGUGGGAGGAGCAUAGCCAUUAUCGUGCCCCUGGUCCUCCUAGUCAUCAUCGUAAUGACAGUGGUGGUCGGAGUGCUCAUCUGCAAGAGAAGACAGAGGGGCAAGAGAGUUCAGAGGCAGCCGAUGGCAAAUGGUGGUCUGAACGUGGAGAUUGGCAACCCGUCCUACAACAUGUACGAGGUAGAGCACGACAACCAUGCAGACCCAGGCAGCAUACUGCACCCCAACUUCACACUGGACCCACACAAGGGCUGGUGUGUGAGAUCCAGCAGUGAAGCUCCUCGCGUGCCAGUCCAUCAGUCUGUGCCUGUUCCGAAGGAGAGGAUCCCCGGACAGGUUAACACAUUAAACCCCGUGCUAAACUACUCCAACCCUGUCUAUGCCAAGAUGUAUGUGGACGGGCAGCAGUACCGCAAGCCGGUCCUCAACAUGGACGAGAGGAGAGAGCUGCUUCCAAAGAGGCUCGAGGUGGCCAUCCGAGAAACCGCAGCAUAGACGGACACACAGACAAGACAGACAGAACUUUUUACCAACCCACAGCUUUUAUAUUACAAAUAAACACCCUACACAAGCUCACGGAAGUCGAGCUAGCAGGGAGGAACGUGGAGAAAAAAAGAAGAAAAUAAAAGACAAAAAAAAAUCA